GGUAAACCAUCAGAGUCUCAGCAUGGAAGUCUCUCACACUUUGAUCUGCUUCUUCUUCCUCUUCUCUCUGCAGGAUGGAAACACCGGUCUCGUCAGUGCCCGACUCUCUGUCUAUUCAGGAAUUGAAGGAGACGAUGUCAGAUUUAAAUGCUCCUUUCCUUCUUAUAGAAGCAGGAAGUUCUUCUGUAAGGAACCAUGUAGACAAGAAGACAUUCUCAUUGAAACAACUGGUGCCUCAGCUCAGAGUGGCAGAUACAGCAUUGAUGAUAAAGAUGGAGGUUUUUUUGUCACCAUCACUCAGCUGACCAAGUCUGACUCAGGACGCUACAGGUGUGCUGCGGUUACAUCUUUGACAUGGGCUUUAUACGAGGAUAUUGAGAUCAUCGUUGUUGAUGCAAUGCUGGAUGGUGGUCCUUCUGCAGAAAAAACAAUCGAUGCUAGAACUGGAGGAAAUAUUACAGUUCGAUGCAAUAUUAUUCACUAUAGAGCCGACAAGUACUUCUGCAAGGAAGAAUGUAAAAAAGGAGACAAUCUUGUUGAAACGAUUAGUAAAUCAGAUCAGGAAAAUGGCAGAUACAGGAUCAGAUAUACUCAAAUAAUUCCAACAGGAUAUUUUCUGUAUGUGAGCAUCAACCAGCUGACCCAGUCUGACUCAGGAUGGUACAGGUGUGGUCUGGGCAGACCUGACUCUAAAGAUCUAUACCAGAGGUUUAGGCUCAUCGUCACUGAUGCUCUGACCACUUCUCCUAAAACUACAGAGCAGCCUGAAACAACUAAAGGUGUGAUCCUGUAUGUGUUUCUGACUCUGGUCGUCCUGGUCAUCGUGUCAUCCCUGUCUGUGCUGGUAUUCUGCAGGAAGAGGAUUUGUAAAGACAAAGGUGAGGAACCAGAACCUCAUGUGGAAACACUAUGUGCUUCUGCACCAGAGGCUGAAGACGACCCGAGUCAACACACCUACUCUGAGAUAACAUUUGUCAGCGUCGGCUCGUCCCACAGCGGGUUUUCUGAGUGUGUUAUCUACUCUGUUCCUCGGGUGGAAGCUAGCUCUGAUGAGCCCCCUCUGUACUCUACUGUUAACAACCCCCAAUAACUCUCACAGUCUGGCAGAAGAAGCUGGUGUGGAUUAAGCAGCCGUGUAAAUAUUCUGAAACAGAGAGAUGUUUGUGGGAAUAUGUACAAUUAUCUAACCAUUUACUUAUUUCAAACCUGCUUUGAAUGACCUGCUCAUGUGAUGAUAAGUCCAGUUCUGCUCUAGUUCACAAACGUGCCUCUUCAACAGUUUGCUUCAGGUCAAAGCUGGUUGCACUUAUUGUACGUCCCUUUGGAUAAAAGCCUCAGCUAAACGAUAUUUAAUGUAAAAAGCUCUUUUAUGGCUUCAAUUUAUUUAUAAAGUUCAUUUUAUUACACUUGAUAUGGUUUUAAAGUUAUCUCUGUAAGAUAUACUGUUCUAGUCAAGUUAGCAGAUUAGCAUAAGAUAUGUUGCUCCGAAUUAGCUUUGACUAUUAAAUUGACUAUUUUGGUUAAAGACUUCAUAAAUGUUUAAUUAUAACGGAAUGUAAAUAAAUAGAUAUGAAACUAGAUGUGGUCAGUACGGGAUACAAGAUGCCACUCCUCAUACUGUUGCAUAAUGUGUCAGACUUCUAACCUGUUUGUAUUGUUGAUAUAUAUAUAUAUAUAUAUUUGCACCUUUUUUUAUAGUUUUAUUUUUGAUAUUGCAUUUCAUAUUAGCACUUGUCCUGCUCUGUACUGCAUCUGCUUCACAACACAAUUUCUACAUAUACAAAUAAAAGUUAUCUUAAAUUAUU